ACACAAGAAAAUGUGUGUGAAGAUUCGAGAAUUUUUCUUCCACGACAUUUCUAUCUCACUCGCUUAGUCUCUCCUCUCUUUCUGCUAUUCAAUUGAGACUUUUUUGAGUCUUCUCUAUAGAAACACUACUUUCAAGCAACAAUUCUCGUCAGUUGCUUCUGAGCUUGGUAUCGUGUUGGAGUGCUGUUGAUGUUUUGUACGGAGAGCGCGAAGGGAGAGAGGAAAAUUGCUCAAAUAUUAAGUGAAAUAGAGAAGAGAGGAGAAAGAAAAGUGAUAUAAUUUUUCGUUUGGGAGGUUUAUCGAUAGAAAUAAUACGUUUUUUUCUUCUCUGACCUUAGUUCUUUUUAAAUUGCCUGAUGGCUCUGAAAACAUUAUUUUUUAAAGUAGCAACACAAUUACAGGGAUUUUUUUGUACAUGAAGUGUAGAUGGUUGUCAUGAUAGAAUUUUUGGUAUUUAAAAUAAAUAGAAUGCAGUGAGCAAAUAUGAAAAUUCCGAGGCACUUUGAUAUUUCUCCAUAAAAAACUCGAUAGAAGUUUGUUCAGGAAAGUGACGCAAAUUCCAAACCAACUCUCUUCGAAAUAUCCAACGAGGAAUGUCUCCAAUGAACAAUUGGGUGGAAAAUUUGGUUUCUAUGAUGGCGGAGGAAAAUGGAGCUAGAAUCAAACAAGAAGUCGAUACAAAUUCAUGCUGCAGUCCAUCUCCAUCGUCGGCAACCAAUGCCCACGGUGUCAACUUCAGAACAUCUCCAAAUUCAACAAUUGAGUACAAAGUGACGGUGCUGGAUCAGGGUAAUUCGUCACCAGAAUCACCUGAUGGUCAGUUCUGUAGUUCCACAACAUCAGCCUUGGGUGAAAUUUCGAGUGAUUCUAUACAACAGAGUACAAUAAAGGAGGAAUUGCCGAGGAGGAUCUGUCUUGUUUGUGGCGACACAGCGUCUGGUUUUCACUAUGGCGUGGCGAGUUGUGAAGCGUGCAAGGCAUUCUUCAAGCGAACCAUCCAGGGCAACAUCGAGUACACGUGUCCGGCGAAUAAUGUGUGCGAGAUCAACAAGAGGCGUCGCAAAGCGUGUCAGGCGUGCCGCUUCCAGAAAUGCCUGAGAAUGGGCAUGCUCAAGGAGGGCGUCCGGUUGGACAGAGUGCGCGGUGGAAGGCAGAAGUAUCGGCGCAAUCCACUAAACAAUCCCUAUCAACUGCAAUUACCUCAUUCGAAUGCCAUCUCCUCGGGUGGCACAACACUCGAGGACAACAAGAUCCUGGAGAUGCUGUCAUCGUUCGAGCCAGAUCCGCUCUGCGUGGGACACGGCGGGAUUGACCUCAUGAAUCGACAGAUGGAUGUGAAAGUCUUCAUGGAUGAUCGUAUGGGAGUUGAUGCUCAGGAAAUGCUUAGCGUUUUAAGUGAUUUGUAUGAUAGAGAAUUAGUCAAUGUAAUCAGUUGGGCAAAACAAAUUCCAGGCUUUACAGAUUUACCUCUCAAUGAUCAGAUGAAGCUACUCCAGGGAAGCUGGGCAGAGAUUCUCACACUACAGUUGGCUCAUCGGUCAGUGCCAUUCAAUGGCAAGCUGUACUUCGCCACAGACUUCUGGCUUGACGAGAGAUCAGCCAAAGAAUGUGGUGCCGUGGAACUGUACAGUCAUUGUGCCCUUACAAUUCAACGUGUGGAAAGAAUUGCGGCCAGCAAAGAGGAAUAUUAUUUACUUAAAGCUCUUCUAUUGGCGAAUUGUGAUGUUAAAUUGGACAAUUAUGGAGCUCUGAGGAAAUUCCGGGAGACAAUUCUCAAUGCACUCAAUGAUUGUGUUUAUGUGCUGAGGCAUAGCUCAGCCGUUUCUCACCAGCAGCAGCUGCUCCUUCUGCUGCCGGCUCUCAGGCAGGCGGAUCCCAUAAUCAGGAAGUUCUGGAGCCGAAUUUACCGCGAGGGAAAUGUCACGAUGAAUAAAUUAUUUCUGGAGAUGCUGGAACCAGUCUCACGAUAAAACUUAAGAACGCUUCUUCAGAAUGGCGGGCAUGGAGAUUAUUGGGGAGUUUUUGAACUGGGAUUUCAUUAACAUAUGGAUGGGAUGUGAUCUUAAGAGAAUAUAAAGAAGGAAGUUUGAGCAAUAAUUGGAUAAGAUUGACGAAAGAGAGUUAAAACUGAUUGAGAGCAUAUUGUGAGAGAAACGUAUAAUUUUAUUGGAAUCUCUUUAUUGUAGAUGCAUUGGUUUUUUUCUAUUAUUCUUCUAUAUACAAAAUGAAGUAUAUAAAGUUAUCACAGUUGAGAAAUUUUACCAGCUUCACGAUUAUUUAAUAAGCUUAAGUGAAAGAUAAAAUGGUAGAAUCAAGCUUAAAGUUUAAAAAUUGACAAAAAUUUCCAUGGAAAAAUCUUAAUAAUUUUUAAGACUAAAAUAUUUUGUCAAUUGAGUACAAAUUUGAGAUGAUGGAGAAAUGGUUACAUUAUAAUUCUCUCUUCUUUCAGCAUAAAAACGAAAUUGUCUCACUAAAAUUGCAAUAUAAAAUCUUUAUCGUUAAUAAAUGAAUUUAUAAUUUCAUCCUCUAAAAAUUAAUACGUUUAUAAUAUUGUGGAUAAAAUUACAUGAUUUUAGGGCUAAACAAAAAUCAUUGCGAUAUAGAAACACAUUUUAGGAAGAUUCUAAUUAGAGAAAAAAAAACUAUGAGAACAAUUGCGUUAAAAAAUUGUAAUUUGCAAGCACUGUGAUAGAUAUUAGGUGAUGUAUUUUUUAUGUUACAGAUGAUUGAUUAUAAUUUUUACCAAUGAAAAUAUUUGAAAAGGCAAGAAAUGAAAUUCAACCUACACAAUUUCCAAUCUAAUCCAUGCAGUGUACAAGUCAGAUGGUAAAUGCAAAUAAACCUAUAUAAUUUUACUACCGAGCAAAAGUAACACAGAAUUUAAUUCUUCUAUUUUUUAAGCAAAUAUUUCACUUUAUUUUUGUUACUGCAUAAAAUUCUUUUGUGAAUUUAUCAAUCACUUUUCACAGUAUAAUUCCUUUAAUUCCAAUGUUGAUUCUCAUCCCGCACUUCAUGAAAAAAAUGGUUUCUCUUUUUAAAUUCAGGUUAAUUUUUGGCAAAGUAUUUUAUUGUGUAAUAUAUUAUGUCAAUAAUAAUUUUACAAAAAUAAA